AUGUCGGCGCGCGAGACGUCAAACUCGAGCGCGAGCGAGUUGACCGAGUCGGUGCGCGAGAGCGGGACGCAGACGUGGAGCGUGCGGAGGGCGCGGUGCGCGGCGAGGGGGACGCAUGGACGGGGGCAGAAGCGCGGGGCCAGGCGGGAGCUCGAGACGGACGGCGCGCACGCCGAGCAGGGAGGCGACGCGACGCGGGUACACGCGGUGGUGGAUGAGGCGCGACCAGAGGCGCGAGGCUUGCGACAGCGGCGGCAGGUCCCGCAACGGCAGCACGUCGCAGAUGAGGAGAAGGAUGUCGACGGGGAGGUCCUGCAGACGCGUACGGACGGGGACCGCCGUUUCGGAAGGGCGCGACAUCGAAGGUGGGGUGAGGCAGGGUUGAAGGCGUAG